AUGACCCCUCCCGCGACGGCCCUGGUCCUCGCCCUUGUCGGUCUGGGCACAGGCGCUGCAGCUGUCCGCGAUGAGCCAGCUCUUCUCAAAAGAGCCUGUCCAGACUACGUUUCUUAUGCGUCGACACCACACGCCCCCUACAGCGGCGGACCCUUGAACCUCCCGUUCCAGCGCCCCGCGACGGAGUGUCGUACAUUCUCCUCACCCGCCGUCGAACAAGUCAUCGACGACGUGACGUCGCGCAUGGUGGACAAGGAUCUGGCCCAGCUCUUCCGCAAUGCCUUCCCGAACACCCUGGACACCACCGUGCGCUGGCACACUGACGGCACAUCGUCAUCAAACCAGGCGCGACAAAACCGCCGUAGCACCAGCCAAUCCCAAUGGAACGGACCGCAGACCUUCGUAGUGACGGGUGACAUCAACGCGGAGUGGUUGCGCGACUCAACCAACCAACUCUCCGGGUACCAGAAGCUCGCACAGAAGGACAAGAAGCUGUACAACCUGAUUCUGGGCGCGAUCAACACGCAGGCCGAGUUUGUCAUACAAUCGCCCUACUGCAACGCCUUCCAACCGCCGCCGCCCAGCGGCCUCCAGCCUACUAACAAUGGCCAAGACGACAAGGUGCAUCCGGCGUACGAACCCUCUGUCGUCUUCGAGUGCAAGUACGAGCUGGACUCGCUAGCCAACUUCCUUGCCCUGGCCACCGAGUUCCACGAGCACACCAGCGCCACAGACUUCCUCACCGACCGCUGGUACCUCGCCCUCGACACCCUGCUGAAGGUGCUCGACGCGCAGUCCCAGCCCACUUUCAACAGCGACGAGCAAUACGCCGUCAACCAGUACACCUUCCAGCGCCAGACCAACCUCGGAACUGAGACGCUCAACCUCGCCGGUAUCGGCAACCCGCUCAACAAGGGCACCGGCCUGAUCCGCAGCGCCUUUCGCCCCAGCGACGACGCCACCAUCCUGGGCUUCUUCAUCCCACCCAACGCCAUGAUGGCCGUGCAGCUGCAAAAGACCGCGCGCAUGCUGCGCACCGCCGGCGGGGCCAAGAAUACCCAGCUGGCCGACGACCUGCAGCGCCGCGGCGACGCCCUCGACCGCGCCGUCCGCGACCACGGCAUCGUCUCCCACCCCAAAUACGGCGACGUCUUUGCCUUCGAGGUCGACGGCUACGGCUCGCGCAUCCUCAUGGACGACGCCAACGUGCCGUCCCUCCUGUCGCUGCCGCUGCUGGGCUACGUCGCCCAGGACGACCCCGUGUAUCUGAACACGCGCAAGAUGGUCCUCGACCCAGAUGCCAACCCGUACUAUCUCACAGGGUCGGCAUUCCACGGCAUCGGUGGGCCUCAUAUCGGACUGGAAAACGCCUGGCCCAUGUCCCUGCUCGUGCAGGCGAUGACCAGCGACUCGGACGCGGAGAUUGAAGAAUGCAUAAACCUGGUGCGCAACUCGAGUCUGCUGGGCCUGGUGCACGAGUCGAUCAACGUGAACAACAUCAAGGCUUACACGCGGCCGUGGUUCGCGUGGGCGAACUCGGUCUUUGCGCAGACGAUUCUGAAGAUGGCCGCGGAACGACCGCAUCUGGUGUUCGGGGAGGGCGCGGACCCGUACAUCAUCCAGUGA